AUGCGAUUUCGGCACUUCAUCGUGUGUUUCGUAAUAUAUUUAUUGAAUUGCCACGGAGCUUUAUCGAAUAUACCGAAUUGUGCCUUUGAAGAUACUGUUAACAUAACUGCUAGUCAAAAAUUCCCAAAUGGUACCUACUCCUACGGAGGUUUGUUAGUACCGCCGCAUUUGAUUGGUUACUAUGAAUACAUAGAACUGUUCGGUGGUGAGCGCAAGCCCAUGGAGCAGCAUUUACGCGGCUGUGUAUGCCAACUCAAGCGAUGUAUCAAAUACUGUUGUGAUCCACGCGCCAAGAUGCGUCGUUUAGACGAAACCUCUCCAGCAAAAUGUGAACCGACACUCAUAAAGGGUAUUAACUAUUCACCAUAUUUAAAUAUAACGCUGCACAACGGUACUCAAUGCGCAAUGAAUUGGCUGACUGAAUUUGUGGUGCAAAGAGGGUUACCGUGCGAAAGUGGAGGAAUGCUAGUUCCACAUCUAAGUGAUCUGGACCGAUGGGAAUUGUUUGAGAAUGGCUCACAGUUGAUUCCUGAUCGCCCGUUAAUUUCUCGACGAGAUUAUUGCCUGUAUGCGUAUCCAGUAAAUGGUAUAAAUGUACUGAAUCCAAUGGAUUGUUUUCCUGAUACUGAAGAGAAACCACUAACAAUAAUAGCCAACACGAUAAUGUGUACAAUUGUAACAUUCAAGAAUUGCCCGCCGGAGAGCUAUAAUCGUAUACAUAUUUCCUAUUUCCCAAAGAACCGCAGUAUCUUGGCGGCUGAGUAUGAUUUAGCGAUACCCGAUCUGUCAUGUGCCAUACCGCAACUAGAGAGGGUAUUCUCCACCGAUAUCGUUUUGAAAUGGUAA